GUACGGGGGCGGCGUGUGGGUGGCUUUCUCGAGCACCUUUGCUCCAACUCUCCAGGCUCAAACCCAUCCUGAGUGGAAAGGCUUAGGCCCACAGCGAUUGGCUGCGUGUUUACAGAUCGAUGGAGCCCGGCCAUUAGCUUCUCUUCCGAUGAUUGGUCUCUCAGUUCAUUACGCCUCUCUGGAUCGUUGUGUGCAGCUUAUCCAUCCAAUUCCUCGUACUCACACAUGCCUUACAUGCCUACAUGAUGGAUACGCAACAUCUUGCCUUGGCCCCCUCAUUACACAGCGGGUGGAUAAACGGCUAGACUAACAUAUCGUCCUAUGCUAAAGUUUCCCAAAAUUGUCUAAAGAUGGAACCAGUAGUUAGUCGUCAUGACGGGCGCGUGUGUGCCCACGACGGAG